CAAGAAAUAAAGCUCGCGCCGAUUCGAAGUGGCUUCUGGCAGCCAUUGCGCGGUAGCCUUGGCUGCUCGACCCCUGCAGUCACUCGGCGUGCACGCCAUCGGGCUUUGAUCUCCUCUCUAGGCAGACAACGUCCCCCGGCUUGUUCAGCCAUGUACCACUUUCAGCACGGAAGCCGGGCCUUUGCCCCUCAGGAAGAGCAACCCAAUUCCCCUUCUAGCAUGGCCAACAACCAGCCGCGCCGUCCUCUAGCCAUCAAUGACAUGCUCAAUCAUGCGGCGCCUCCUCCAUCCUCAAGAGACACAAGCUACCCAAAUCCAGCAUACCAGUACAUUCCACAACCAUCUCUGACCCAUCCUCCGCCAAUACAAACGCCGGUGCCUCAGCCUCGCCACCUGUACCCACCUGGGACAGCAUAUCGACCUCCGUUUGACUCUACAUUCCGUCAUAGGAUAGAGCUUCCGCCCCCGCCCCCACCCGAAACCAGUGAACAGCGUUGGGACGUUGAUUACUACAUGAGUCAUCCUCGAGGCACUGUACCGCCUGAUCACUAUCCUUCUCAAACACUCCCUGAACUUAAUUUCCAGAAUUCACAAGAACUGGCAACUCCUACAGCAAGACCAGGUGUCACCUGGACAUGCAAAACUUGUGUGUUAUAUCAGUGCAAGAGAUGCACAUCCGGGGACUUCUGUGCAGGAUGUCUGAAAGACUGGUUCCUGGAUGCUUGCAAGAAUGAAUCCAAAAUGCCACCGAAAUGCUGCUCCAUUAUCCCGCUCUCGGCAGUUGCCAAUCUUCUCAACAAUGCACAGAUUGAGCUCUAUAAGGCAAAGUACGAAGAAUGGGCUACUCCAGAUAGGAUAUACUGCCCUAUACCAACAUGCUCUGCUUUCAUUCCACCACGAAUGUAUACCAAAAUCCGUCAACGACCAGCUACACCCUACAACGAUGCAGGCGAUACGACAACAUUCCCAACACCCUCUCCCCCGCAUGCGUUUAGUAACCCAAAAAGAGAAAUAAAAUCACACGUGGCAUGUCCUAUCUGCGGUGUCUCGGUCUGCACAAAAUGCAGGUCCCUCACGCAUAUUGGAGAGUGCCCAGAGAAUGAUCUUGAUCCUGCUCUUGAGGAACAAUUGAAAAAAUGGAAGAUUAAACGUUGCCCUAAAUGCCGAGCUGGAGUUCGGAGAAUGUACGGUUGCUCUCAUAUUGAAUGCAGAUGCGGUGCGCACUUCUGUUGGGAGUGCAUGUUACCAAUUAAUCAAUGCGGUAUUCAGGGCCAAUGUGACGAUGACGCAUCUGAUGCCGAACCGGAUUAUCAUGUGGAAGAAGACGACCUUGACGGCAAUGCAGGAUUCUACGAAGGUGCAGGUCCUGACUUUGGCCCGGAACCGUACGGACACAUUAUUGAUGCUUGGGGAUGUCAACAUAUAUGGAGCCUAGUUAUUCCCGCGAGCCCCUCUACCUUAGAACGGCGCGAUAUGGAAUGCAACAGAUGUUUUCGAAUUGUGCAACCUUCAGCCAAAGAGGCACCUCCAAAACCUACUCUUGACGAGGACACGGAAAUGACCGGCAUGAGUCCACCCUCUCCAAUCACUUUUUAUGGAGAGCCAGCUUGGCAAUGUGUCUCUAGACAUAUUGUCUGCACUCGUUGUCCGAAACAGCCUCCUGCUUCGCGGAAUGGAGACCCUAGCCGGUUAUGGACUUGUGACUGCGGUAUUCAAUGUCUCUCGUGUGACAGAGCUGAGGCUAUGACCAAGCACGCGAACGGCGAGAAGCUUGCUAAAGAGCGGAAGGAGAAGAUGGAUUCCUUGGCAUGGGAGUGUAGAUGCGGGACAGUUAUUUGCGGUGCUUGCAAAUCUGAGAGCGCAUGAAAGGACCGGGCUAUCGAGGAAAAUUGAGACAGAUGAACAAAUCUGGGAGAACGGCAAUUGCUGUGAGCAUUGAGCGUUAUUUGGAGCCGGCGCGAUGGCGAAAUAAGAUAGUCAAUAUGAUCGAUACCCAUCUGUAAUGCAGGCCAGGAGCGUCUUGUACAAUUUAAUCAAGGACCUUGCCAUGGCAAUAUUUGCGGCUAUUCUCAGACCAGUUUAAAGGUUCGGCAU